GAAUUAUUCUCAAGAAAAUGCAAGCCCUAAGCAGAAUGUUCCUUCCGACCUCAGGAAGAAUCAUGAAGCAUUACAUUAUUCCAGUAAGACUAAAGAAAGACAAUGCAGUUAUGAUAAAGAUACCCUAUCUCAUAUCAGGCAGAUCUUCAUCAGUCCACAGCUGGACUUGAAUCCUCAGUUUAACCCAAAGGUCAAAGAAUACUACGCAGAAGUCCCAUUCGACAUUGUGACAGUGAAGAUAGGAGCAGAACCCUCUAACUGUCAAUGCCAAGUACACCUUGAUGAGAAGAAAGGUCCGAGCAUUGCUAACUACCCCAUUGGCCUUGGAUUGAAUAAAAUAAUCAUUCUUGUAACAGAUAAUUCACAGCCCAGUCCUCAGGUUGUGAGCAGCUACAAAAUCACAAUUUAUCGAGAGGAUCGCCCCAGUCUGCCUUUGUUUGAUGACUAUAUGAUGUGUGGGUUUGUGCAGGACUGUGGUUCCCGAAUUCGUCCAGAGGAGUCCUGUGGCUUGCAGCCGCUGUCUCAUGAAUACCUCUCAGCAAUUUCACAGACAGUGUUUAAGACCUGUGAAGCUGGAGACACAAAAGGGCAGUGGAUUGUCCCUUGCCUCAGCUGCUCUGACAACAGGACCUGUGACUGGAGAGAAAUAACGUGGCAGCCUUUUUUCGGCUGCCGAUACUCUGUGCUUGCCAAGCCUGAGCUCCAGCGCUGUGUGGAGGGCAGAAGGAUUCUUUUUAUAGGUGACUCAACUAACAGAGGGAUGAUGUACUAUCUAAUAGAAAGAGCAAAUAAGACUCUUCAGGAAUGGCAAAAGACUCAUGAUGUUAAAUGUUAUCAUAAUAUCAAUGAGGGGAAAACAUUUAUUAGUUACUCCUACUACCCCCAGUUUUGGAUGAACGCAAACCAGAGACCAACUUUUGAGAAAGCACUAGAACAACUGCUGCAGAGAUCACGUCCCCUGGAGAACACAGACCAGACCGUAUUAAUUGUAGGUGGCGUUCAGUGGCUUAAUUCCAAUCACCUGCAAAUUAUCCAAAAGGUGUUGAACAGGGAAAAUCUGUCAAAUAUCCUGGUAAUUAUCAAAUCCAUAGGGAUGGGUUUUCACCUCCCAGUGGAUGGAAUACAUUCUCUAUCGCAGGCAGAAGUGCAAAACUUGUGGAAUGAAAACUUGGCUAUUCUGGAUACAGCAAAAAAUUUCGGCUAUGAAGUUGUUGACACUUUUGUCAUCACCAUGGGACGUUACAAAGAAUUCCUGCAAGGGAAGUGUGGCUGCCAUUUCCAUGAGGUGGUGAAAUCCAAUCCCUCUGAAGAAAGUCCACACAUAACAAUGACGUUAUCAAGGCACUAUACGCUGGGGAAAUUUUUCGGCAGUCAAAGCAAACCAUCACAACUGCAGGACUAUGCAAAAAAUUCUCAGUCCCCAUAUCGUGUCCGAGGUCCAAUAAAUCAAGUUUAUUCUGAAAUCCUUCUCAGCAGGCUCUGUGCAAGUAAGAGGGAGCUUGUCAGUACAUAG